GCGGUCGUUAGGCCACGAUCAAAACUACCCUCCGCGGUCCCUGUGGCUACCAGUUCAACGACCGAAAGGUCAUAAUGUUAAAAAGGGAAUCUCUCUUUCUGAAAAAAUGCAACCUACUUGCUGUUGUAUGAAAGAGCCAGAGCUUGGAAAAGCUUCCGAAACAAUAUGGAUGUCAAAUAGGCGCGCAGUGCAUUGUGGUUGACUUGGAUUCAUGGACUUAGAUGCUUAAACUGGCAAAACUUUCAAAUUUACACAGGACUUUAUUCAUAACAACUUCGCCGAAAUCCACGUUAAUAGUUCCAAUAAUAAACUGAGAAUGCUAAGACUAAGAUUUCCGAAUCCAAGCCUCUCGGGCUACCUGUGGUUAGUAGUUACCAGAUUGCCACGGUAUUCAUUAAACGCGUUUAUGAACUACUGGUACUGGUUGGUAUUUUGCCCGCCAACUUUAAUUCCAAUAUGGCGGACGAGUAGCUUUGUACCAGCGAACAUUCGUCUUCUUAUACCAGUGUAUCACGAUGUUCAAGCCUGAUUGUCUGGAAGUUUUCUCUCCCUUUGGAAGAACGUUUCUCCAGCAUCAUCCGUUCGGUGCGGAGAAUUUACAGAUAGAAAAAACUGAAGGAAUACGUAACAGUGAAACAUUGACAAGCAAGACUGAGAAGGGGAUUAUCAGAAGCGUGGAUGGUGAUGUACCAUGUAAUGAAGAGCUUUAUAUUAAUGGACAAACUGUGGUGUGGAGCAAAGGAUGUUCACCUGAGACUAGAACAGUAAUUAAGUCAUUCACUCUAGAUUCAGAUGUUAUUGACUGCUUCUGGUGUAAGUUUACCCUACCUGCUCCUGAACAAGGAAUCUGUAAAGUUGAAGAAUCACAUAACACUUUGUGUGUUCUAGAAAAUGAAUUCCUUAAUGUGUUUUCUACUGAUGGUGGAGUACACACAGCUGCCUUGCCCUUUCCUGUUAAUAACACCUGGGUUGUUCCUGGAGGACUACUGCUAGAAAGGACUGUUAUGCCAUCAGAACUGACAGCUCACAAAAGAGAAGUACCAACUUUAUUUAGUCUUAUGCACCCAUUGGAUGAACCCAGACCAGUAGCAUCACUGGCUCAAGGAAAAAGAGCCUUCAUUUGUGACCCUACUUUGAAUGUGAUCUACACUGCUGAAGAUAGUAACUUUAUUAUGAUGUAUGACUCAGUGAUGGGCCUGCAUUCAACAUGGCUUCUUAAUAAAGCACUACCAGAGGACAUACCUGAAUCACCAUUCACACCACAUGGAGUUGAUUUCUCAUCAGGAGCUAUUGGCCACAACCCUACCCCUGUUAUGUUAGCAGUUGCACACUCUCGAUUGUCUUUAGCCACACCUCCUCACUCGCCAUUCAAGCAGUACACAUCUUCUCCUGCCAUGCGUUCACAUAUGCACUCUCCUGCACCCAUCAAGCUUAUGUCCCCAGCACUAGGUCAGAUUUCUACAAGCCAGUCUCGUUCUCCUUUUCUUGAAUCCCCCUUCAUGAUUGGCUGCAGGUCACCUUCAGUGUUCCGUUCUCCACCUGGAGGUCAUUCAAGGGAUGAGUCAUUUGUAGACUACUUUGAACCUCUCACUCCAGAAGUGUGUCUUAAACAAAUAUGGCAAGAAACCCCCAUGCCAAUCAGGCAUGGAGCAAAAGGCAAAGCAAGCAAAGUAAUCCAAACUACAGAUAUCAGUGGGAACACUUUUCUUUGUUAUUUGAUAGGACACACCAACAAACUCAGUACAUGGUUUAUGAAGGAUAGACAUAGUGGUCUGGACAUGAUGCUAGUGCUAGAAUUGGAUUCUUCACUAAGUCUCUUCAGUGGACAAACUAAGGCUUGUUCAAUUACACUUUCAAGUUUACAGCUGAGUCCCUCUUUUCAGAAAGAAGAUGCAUUGUCUUUUGGUUCUCUUCCACAAGAAAUUGCCAUUGAAGCCACAGAUAGUGAUAAAAAACCUGGAAUGUUACAAUCCAUUCAAUCACUAAGAGAUCAUCAACCUCUAGGCUGUAAUCUGGUAUUUCCUGGUGGACUUCUGUACAAACUUUCUCUUCCUCCAUUGUCUAAAAAUUCUUCAGUUUCACAGUGUAUAACGUCCAUCAAAUGCCUGUUACCAGCUCCUAUUGCUUCUCGUUUUAUCCUUUCUUUCUACUCACUGGCCAAUCAAAGAACUGACCAAUCAGUGUGGUCCAUGCAAACAUCUCCGCAGGGGGAGAUGGAGUGUUUUGUUUCAUGCUUGAAAAGUAUGAUGGGAUAUAAAAGUGGUGAAGAAGGAACUGAAGAGGAGGUACAAAACAUGAUGCAGUCGGAUUCCCCAGCUGCCAAGAAGUUUAAGUCAGAAGAAGGAUUAAACGUUGAGGGUGAUGAGGCCUGGGAAUGGCUAAUGAACAGUUCAUAUCACAAGAUAAUGCAGCCUAGUUGUAUUCCAUUUUUCCCUUCUGUAACAAAACCAAAGCCAAGACAAGAAGAUGCUGACACAAAAUUUGAAGACAAGCUAGACAACACUGCUCUUCUUUUCAACCACAUUCCAACCAUUCUCUUUGCCCUUCAUCUGGUAUAUGAGGAAAUGAAGCUUGAUGUGUUAGCAAAGGAUGACUUGAAGAUCCUUGGAGAACUCCUUUGCACCUUAUCAAGGGAUCUGUCCUGGAAGCCGUAUUCAGACCUCUACUACCGUGACCUACCAUCCCUUGUAUCAGUUGGUUUGUCAGAACCAUCCCCUCAAAUUAAAAAUCAACUAAAGGCUCUCAAAUUACCAGAAUACAUCAGUAGAGACCCCCCUGAUAUUCACCAAUGGUUGAUGUCAUGCUUGGAUGGUCAUAUGGUAAGUACCAGAAUGUAUCAGCUUUAUUCGCUCUUUAUUCCUACCAAAGAAGGCCGUUGUCUUGAUGAUCCAAAUCAGCUUUACCUAAGACUACCAGGGCAAGGGAUUGAAAAAUUAUCUACUGAUCUCACCCUUAAACUAACGAGGUGCCAAACAGCAGCAGAAAAAGUGGUUGUCUUCAUGGCUGAAAAUGAUUUUACAUCUAAAGAUUUAGACCGUUUACCAUUUGGUGUUGGACUCCCGAUAAGAGAAGCUAUUCACAUGUGCAGCCAGAAACCUCCUUGUGAACUUUCACACACAGCAUAUACAUUGAUAGGUAGGGAGGAUUUAGCAUCACUAGUUGGUGAUCAACCAAAAGACAUUCAUACUCAGCACGGACCUCUUAAUAAAGUUGUUUUGAAGGAAGGCGAAAAAGACGAUGGAAUGGACUUCAAUGAAGAGGUCAUGCGGUUACGGUUUGGUAAAGAUUUACGCGUCCAAGAAGUACGGAGACUGUUACAGUCGGCCAGACCAGUCCGAGUAAGCCUGGUGCAGAAACCAGAAGUCAGUGACCAUGAGUUCAUUCAAGAACAAGAAGCUAAACUGUUAUUAAUGUGCAAAAGAACCAUGGCGCUACCUGUUGGAAGGGGUAUGUUUACUCUGGCCACCUCUCGUCCAGUUUUAACUGAGACUCUCCCCAUUCCAUCUCUGGAUCUCUCAGGGCGUCUCCCUCCAAGAAAUACAACAGUUGGCUUGGAUCAUGUAGAUACUCCAGCAGAUAUGAAGGUGUGGCCACAGUUCCAUAAUGGCGUGGCUGCUGGGCUUAGGAUUGCUCCAGGAAUAUCCCAAAUCGACAGUGCAUGGAUAGUGUACAACAAACCCAAGGAUAACCAGUUAACAAACGAACACGCUGGUUUUUUGAUGGCUCUUGGUCUCAAUGGUCACCUAACAAAUCUAGCACACAUGAAUCUACACGACUAUCUCAGCAAGGGACACGAACUUACAACAGUUGGGACUUUAAUCGGUAUUGCUGCUUCAAAGCGUGGUACCAUGGACCUGUCAACUACUAAAGUGCUCAGUAUACAUGUAGAUGCCCUACUACCCCCUACCUCUGCUGAACUAGAUGUACCUCACUCGGCACAAGUAGCUGGUGUUCUGGGAAUUGGAUUCGUUUACCAGGAAACAGCUCACAGACGAAUGGCUGAGGUCCUGCUCUCUGAAAUUGGGCGUCCGGCAGGUCCAGAGAUGGAGAAUGCAGUUAACAGAGAGUCUUACUCGCUAUCAGCUGGCCUGGCAUUAGGGCUAGUCAUGUUACAGCAUGGUAACGAGGCUCUUGGGGUAGCAGACUUAAAGAUGGCUGAUCAGUUGUACCACUACAUGGUGGGGGGACAGAAAAAACCUCAGGCAGGAACACAGAAAGAAAAGUUUAAAACUACCAGCUAUCUAAUCAAGGAAGGUGAUACAGUCAAUACUGAUGUUACUGCACCUGGUGCUACCCUUGCACUCGGUCUCAUGUAUAUGAAGACCAAUAACAGUGCAAUAGCGUCGUGGCUUAGUGCUCCUGAUACACAGUUCCUACUGGACUCUGUUCGGCCAGACUUUCUUCUUCUCAGGCUUCUUAGUCGUGGUCUUAUCAUGUGGGACUCUAUUGUACCAUCAAUGGAGUGGGUGGACACCCAUAUACCUGCUAUCGUCAAAAACUACGCCUUCUGCUCGAAUAUUGAAGCUCAAAAACUCGAGAAAUUAGACAUAGAUCUUCAGACUUUGAGUCAAGCCAAUGCUAACAUCAUCGCUGGUUGCUGUCUCGCCAUGGGAAUGAGGUUCGCCGGUUCAGCCAAUCAGCAAGCAUUUGAUUGUUUGAUGCACUACAUCAAAUAUUUCAAGAACUUGUUGUCUUCAUCUGUGGUCGAUCAGGCAGGCAAGCCCACUAUAGAGACAUGUAUGGAUGUCAGUCUGUUAGCAUUGUCUUUGGUCAUGGCUGGAACUGGGAAUCUUGAUGUACUGCGUAUUGCUCGUCAGCUUCGUAAGCGUCAUUCAGCUGAUGUAUCUUAUGGUAGUCACAUGGCUAUCCAUAUGGCUAUUGGUCUGUUGUUUCUUGGAGGGGGGAGGUACACGUUAAGCUCAUCUGGUCCUGCUAUUGCUGCUCUGGUUUGUGCUCUGUAUCCAAAGUUUCCCAUAUCAAGUACUGACAACAGGUAUCACCUUCAAGCAUUUCGUCACCUGUAUGUACUUGCUGCUGAACCUCGUGUUAUUGUAACAAGAGAAUUCGAUAGUAAGGGUGCUUGUUACGUACCCAUAGACGUUACACUAAAGAGUACUGUCCAUUACCCAGAGACUGUUCUUAGCAUGGCGUCUCCCUGUAUUAUACCUGAGCUCCAUCUCAUUAAAAAGAUCUCUGUCGUUGGUCCUCGGUAUCUUCCUAUUGACGUGGACAUUGAACACAGCCGUCAUAACCACAAGACCCUCUUGUCCAAGAUUAGUACUGUAUUGGUCAAAAGACGAGCUGGUUAUUUAUCAUAUACUGAUGACCCAAAGGGAUACAGGAAUCUUCUGGCCAGAACAUUUCCUGAACAGUCCGACAAGACCGAGGUCAUUCGCUCGUUCUCAUCAGAGCCUCAGAUGGUUGCUCUUGCGGGGUUAUUUUGCGAGAAGCUGUCUGUCUCUGAUAAGGAAAAGGACAUGUCUGCCUUUAUUGCAUCUAUCCUGUACGAGUGCAUAACUGAAGAGAAACCAAAUGCUAUCAAGCUCUACCUCUCGAUGAACAAGGCUGUGGAAGAUAUUAACCAUCUAGACCCCAUUGAACUGUGGGAAGUCAAGCUUGCAUUGACCUUUUACUUGCAAGCAUUUAAGAGAAUAUGUCAGUGCACAGGUUCACGGCUCAAGCCUUUGUUGAGCCUGGAUUUUCUGACGCAGUGCAAAGUCUUUGUAGACAACGCUUUGGAUGAAUCGAUUGCCAAAACAUCAACAUCACUACUUACGUGUUUAACAUCACGUAAUCACUAUCAGAAGUUCUGUGCUGAGUUAGCAGGGUUCGGUGUUCAUCAUGGGCUUCCUUUGCCAUAUCAACUACCAAAAGACUUGUUACACGGUGUACAAUCUCUGCCUGCCAUUGAAGGACUGACAUCUUGUGAUGUUCCUCUAUCGGUCUCAUCACUGGUUAGAUUACGAACACGAUGAUAAUAUCUAAAGAAUGACAUAAACAUUAAAUGACUCACCCACCCUACCC